AUGGCCUCUCAUGAUAUCCUCCCAGAAAUCUCAACUCGUCAGUCAAACCUCAGCUCUGCAGCGGCACGUGGAAAUGAGAUCACUGGUCUCUCAAUCUACCAGGAUACAAAUGAAGAAAUAACUCUUGAAAGAGUAAAGGAGCUCAUGUCAGAAAUGAACGCUGAUGUUCCGCAAGGAGGGGUAGACAUUGUCUUUGGAGAUAAAGAAACCCAACGUCUACGUUUCUGGGAACCCACAUCAAAAUCCCGCAAGGCGCCAAUUAUUGUCUUUGUACAUGGAGGGAGUUGGACAAUCGGUACCUAUCUCGACUCUGUUGGUUCACUGAAAGUCAAAUACUUGAACAAUCUUGGCUAUGCAUUUGCUUCCGUCGACUUCGCCCUCAUACCAAGUGUUACUGUAGAGGAGCAGGUCCAAGAAGUCGCCGAUGCUGUUUCAUACAUAAUGAGAAAUUCCAAGGAACUUGGCAUCGAUCCUGAAAGUGUUGUCUUGAUGGGCCAUAGCUCUGGCGCUCAUGUUGUGAGUCUGGUCGGUACCGAUACAAGCUACGCACAGAAAGCCGGCUUCAAUAUCAAACGUUUGAGAGGAGUCAUUGCGCUUGACGGCUCCAACUACAAUGCAGCUGCGUCAAUUGCUGACAACACGGGAUCAAUUGUUACCAAUAUGCUCAACGCACUGGGUAGUAACCCACAGAGGUUGGAGUCAAUGUCACCAACGCUACACGCAGCCGGACCCAACGCUCGCGCGUUUCUUCUUCUCCAUGUUCAACGCAAGGGAGAUAUUCGACAAGCAGUAGAGUUCUCUGCUGCAUUGAGAACUGCAGAUACAAGUGUUGAUUUGCAUGUCUUUGAAGGAGAGGGCUUUGAAGGGCAUGUGACGUUGCUCAUGAAGAUUGGUGACCAGAAAUAUCCUGCAACGGAUGUGAUGAAGAAAUGGCUGGAUCAGUAUGCCCCAGCUUAG